AUGAGUUAUAGUGUUUUUCUUUCCGUCUUGCAUCUGACGUCAACGCUCAUGCGUGCAGCUUAUUCGAACAAUGCGAGCUUCAUUGGCGUCACAGCGCAGCGAAGGAACAAUCAGGGAGUGCUGGAAUUGUCCCUGGACGAUGCGGUGGCUAAUGCAAUCAGUAAAAUAUCUGAAAACAAGUCCCUUUUUCUCAAGCGGGACGAGUUGUGUUACAGCCUAACCUCUUCCACCUCUGGGAACUUGGAAUCCACAAUCUCAAGAGUGCUUGACUGGCAUGGAAACGAUGAUGGUUACCCGGAGAUAAGCAUCCCCACAUACUUUGAUCUAAGACCGUAUAAAGGUCUCGUUGUUCCCAUCGAGGAAGACCUAUUGGAUGAUGAAGCUUCUGAAGAUGAUGCUCCAAUUGAAGCUCCAUCACUGUUUGAUGGCGAGGCUGCAUCUGACACUUUUUUUCCAAAUAUGGAGCCAGACGUUCAUGGGGAAGCCUUGCACUAUGAUGCUCCUAAUGGAGAGGACAAGGAUUUUGAUGACAUUUGUGACUUUGACGACUUUGAUCUUGUGGAUAAGCUUGUUGAGGAACAUGAAGCGAAGAAGGCUGCUCGCGCAGCAGAAAAUGCUAACUUACCAGAGGAGGCUAUGACUGCAAGAACCCCACAAGCGGUUCCUGUCCAAGCUCAUGCACAGCAUGUGGAUGCUGAAGAGCCCCACCCGCCUCAAGAACAUGAGCAAUGGCAUGCACCUCCUGAGCCUUUGCCUGUCCCGAUCACAGAAUGUCCGGACGCAAACCAAGUCAAACCUGGCGAUCAUGAGCCAGAUGGUGACCCCAUGGGCCCACCAGAGUGCCAAUUUGAGGAACAAUCAGCAGCAAUGACUGUGGAUGGAAGUGGCCCACCAGAUAAUUCAAUACAAACUGAGGAGGCCCCUGCACUUGACAAGCUUGUGGUUUCAAAGUUUCGAGAGGCUGAUUCCAGCAGCAAUACCCGACAAAGCAGGCAAAUUCGUGAUGCAGAGAGGCUUCUUAUGCCACCACAACAGUGUGAGGAACCAAUUCCCUCAGAUCCGUGGGAUGAUACUGAUAUGGACCGAGACAUGUUCAGGCUUUCACUGUACAGAUCAAGAUUUGACAUUGUUUCAUAUCGUGAGAAGCUGUUUACCGACCCUUCCGUGAUUGAGGGGGGUUUCGACCUUGACUUCUCCACUGUUUCAUUUCAGGAGCCAUCUGGUUCCUCGAUGCCUGAAGAAGACCACAACGACCAGUAUUUCUGGGAUUUAUGUGGUUCACAGGCAGUUGGAUCUCAAUCUACUGCACCUCAUCCACAAUGUUCCAUGGGUUCAUCAGCAGUGGAAACUUCCUCUUGUGGUAAUGCGCGAGGGAAGCGCCCCAGGCUCCAAGACCUGAUCGAGCAAGUGAUGAGUCGAGAUGCUUAUCCGGAGCAUUUAUCUGACCCAUCAAGCAUCUCUGCGCUUUCACAUAAGCUUGAGAAGGAUAUUGCUGUGGCUGUCAAGUCCGGAGAGAGAGUAUUUGGAAGAGAUCAUCUAACAAACAUGCUUGGACUAACUGCUGCAAAAGGAACAAUGACAGCGCAGAGGUACUUAAUGGUGCUGUUGAACUUGGCACACCACCACAACAUGCUGCCUCCAGAACGAAGGGAGCCAACGAUAAGUGAUACUGAUUUUGUGCUGCGCUGUUCUUCUGGAACUGGCCCAUCCUGUGUGGAGUUGAGCUUUUCAGCCAUCACGUCUGUUGACGGAUGA